UAUGCAAUGUAAUAUCACGCCGUGCCGAGCGCUUACAGGAUUACAGAUUCUACAAAAUUUAAAUACGCCACGAAGGAGCACCACAAAAAGUAUAAGAAAGUGUUCGUCUUUAAUUAUACUUUUCAAAACUGUCAAAAUACAAUGUAAAAAGUGACCAUAGGGACUUAAAAUUUGCUAAUAACCUUUGGCACAUACGCGAAUGCUACCUCUAUAUUCUCGCAUAAUAUCUGUUGUUUUACUGGACUGUGAUUUGUUUUCGACGUGUUGUUAUGCCGGCUUCUUAUCAUUUAACACGUGUGGCAUACGUGUAGUGUAACUAUGCGUAUACAUUAAACUGAAAACUCGGUGUUGUUUUUAAGUUUUAUUUCAUUUGUGAAAAUAUAAACUUUUUCAAAAAAUGUCGAAUUUUGAAAUUAAAUACACUAAGCUUUUCAUUAACAAUGAGUGGGUAGACGCUGUCAGUAAGAAAACUUUUCCCACAAUAAAUCCACAAGAUGAAAGCAUCAUCACUCAUGUAGCUGAAGGAGAUAAGGCUGAUGUCGACAUUGCCGUUGCUGCUGCAAGGAAAGCGUUUCACCGCUACUCAGAAUGGCGUACCAUGGACGCCUCAAAAAGAGGAAAGCUUUUGCUAAAAUUGGCUGAUCUAAUUGAUUCACAAGUUAAAUACUUAGCCGACCUCGAAACAUUGGACUGCGGGAAACCAGUGAAAAUAGCUGAAGAAGAAAUUAUUUAUUCGGCAGACGUUUUCAGAUAUUACGCGGGAAAGGCUGACAAAAUUUUGGGGAAUACAAUACCUGCUGAUGGAGAAGUCUUAUCUAUGACUCUUAAGGAACCUGUUGGUGUAUGUGCUCAAAUCAUACCAUGGAAUUAUCCCAUACCCAUGCUUUCGUGGAAAAUAGCGCCAGCUCUAGCAGCAGGUUGUACCGUGGUAUUAAAACCAGCCGAACAAACACCAUUAACAGCCCUUGCAGUUGGAGCCCUGAUAAAGGAGGCAGGUUUUCCUCCAGGGGUAGUUAAUAUAAUUCCCGGAUACGGUCCCUCUGCUGGGGCAGCUCUCACCCAUCACCCAGACGUGGAUAAAGUCGCUUUCACAGGUUCCACCGAGGUUGGAAAACUAAUUUUGGGGUCCGCUUCUGUCGCCAAUCUUAAGCGCGUCACCUUGGAACUAGGCGGCAAGAGCCCAUUGGUCGUCUUUAAUGAUGCUGACGUGGAGAAGGCAGCACAGAUAGCACAUAACGCUGCGUUCGCGAACGGCGGUCAGUGUUGUUGCGCCGGCACUCGCACGUAUGUUCAAGCCGGUAUCUACGAGAAGUUUGUGAAGGAAGCGACGGAUAUUGCGCUGAAACGAACCGUUGGCAACCCCUUCGAGGACGUGCAGCAGGGGCCGCAGAUCGACAAGGAGAUGUAUACAAAGGUGCUAGACUAUAUUGAGGCUGGACGAAAGGCUGGCGCGCUCUGUGUUGCAGGCGGGGACAAGAUCGGCAAUAAGGGGUAUUACAUCAAACCAACAGUGUUCGCCGAUGUCACCGAUGACAUGAAGAUCGCGAAGGAAGAGAUUUUCGGUCCAGUUCAAAGCAUCCUUAAGUUCGAUACAUUUGAGGAAGUGAUCGAUCGCGCCAACGACACUAACUACGGUCUCGGAGCUGGUGUCAUCACUAACGACAUCACCACAGCCUUGAGUUUCGCUAAACAUGUCCGAGCGGGCUCUGUCUGGAUAAACACAUAUGAUCAUGUAACUAGUCAAACACCGUUUGGCGGCUACAAGGAUUCGGGCAUUGGGAGAGAACUAGGUGAAGACGGUAUUAAUCAAUACUUAGAAGUUAAAACAGUCACUAUAUCCGUACCUAAAAAACCUCAAAUGUAAUUAAAUUCUUUUCACUUUGUGUUUACGUUAUAAUUAGACUUUUGAAUUUUAAAUAAAUACAUCAUAAAAA